GCAAGCCAGGCAGUUUACGAUAGCAGUGCUAAUCCCGAGGAUGUCCGACUCAGUUUCUCCUGCCUGAUGAAACGUAUGACCCGAUUCUUCUCUGCUCUGUCCUCGCUCGAGCACACAAUGGAGGUAAUUCGUGCUGUGAUAGUGCAACGCCGGCAACUGGAUGCAACAACUCGGGGACCCGGGAAUCUUCUCGUUCGAAUUCGCAACGCCGAUGGACCCAGGACCGUAUUUCGGGUACUUCUCUAUCCGUUGGCUGGUUCCAUCCUGGCUGACUGGCGCCGUGUAUCCGGUGAUGGUCUUCUGUUUCAUCAGACGUAUGCAGCACUGUACACAGAUUUGGUCGCCAUGGGCGCGGUGAAUGAUUCUCAUCCCUAUCUACGCAUAAUUCUCCCUGAGCAAUCGACGGAGCCGGAAGCAACCAAAGAUACGGUGGCCAGUCCCGAACCCAUCGCGGAAGAAUCCGCCAUGGAGUUGUGA